AUGUAUUCAUCGCUUAUAUUUUCAACAAUUUUUAUUUUUUGUAUCAAUGGUGUUUUAACAAUUAAUUGCCCAAAACUAUCAGCUAAAUGGUGUCAAAGUAAAGAAAUUGCUAAGGCUUGUGGUGUAACUGAACAAUGUCAAAAAUUUGUUUGGAAAAUUCGUGAUGGAAAUGAUAAAGUUAAUUUUACACUUUAUUAUGAAACACUUUGUCCUGAUUGUCGACAUUUUAUGACAACACAACUUUUGAGAACAUAUCAAACAAUUCUUGAUAUUACUAAUAUAACUAUUGUACCAUAUGGAAAUGCACAUGAAACAUAUAAUCCAACAACUCGUCUUUAUCAAUUCGUUUGUCAACAUGGUCCUGAUGAAUGUUUAGGAAAUCUAAUUCAUACUUGUGUUCUGAAUUUCUAUCCAGCUAUUGAACAAUAUAUGCCAUUCGUUAAUUGUACUGAAUCGACACUUGGAGAUGUAACAACUAUUGCUAAACAAUGUGCAGAAAAAACAAAAAUUGAUUUUGAUAAAAUUGAUGCAUGUACAAAUAGUACAUUAGGUAAUCAAUUACAACAUAUGUAUGCUGUUCAAACAGAAAGUCUUCAACCACCACAUAAAUAUGUACCAUGGAUAACAGUUAAUGGUAAACAUACAGAAGAAAUGGAACAUGAAGCAGAAAGAAAUUUAAUUAAACUUACAUGCCAAUACUAUAAAGUAAACAAAAGAUUUUUAAAUGAUUAA